AGCUGGAACAAGCUAUGGAUUAAUCACUCCGCCCUAAAAUUAAUAUUAAAGGACUAACCCUUCAUAUAAGAUGCAGUUAAAUCAACCACUGACAUUAUUUUAGCAUCGACCUUAUUACCGACAGCAAAUAGAUGGUCACCAUGAACAAAGAGUUGUUGGUAACCGUCAUUAUACUAGGUGUGGUAUGGGGUGAAGCAGAAACCUGUUUUUCUUGUGGAUCCGAAUGCCAGUCAGCUUGUGGAACCAGACACUUCCGAACAUGUUGCUUUAACUAUCUGAAGAAACGAAGCAGUCCGGAACCAUUGUCAGCUUCCCUAGAUCCAAGUCUCCGUCUGGAACUAUGGUUGGCCAAAUCGAGACAUCCAUAUUUCCAGCAAAGAAUUGUUGAAAAUGACGCAUAUGAUAUGGAAAAUAUACCAAAAGGCCGAAAUGAAAAUAACAAUGAAGAAGAACUGCUAAAAUAAUAAUAAUCAUUUGAAGACUUGAAGUUGGAUACUUAAUAAAUCUAUAUCUACUUUA